UGAUGCUGGAACAAACAUGGCUGCCCCGGCGCCCGUCGGCCCCUCGGGCCCCCGCUGUCCUCGGCUGUCCGCGGGCCUCCGGCUGCUCCCGCUGCUGGGGCUGCUGCAGCUGCUGGUGGAGCCCGGCCUGGGCCGCAUCCACCACCUGACGCUCAAGGAUGAUGUGAGGCACAAGGUUCACCUGAACACCUUUGGAUUCUUCACGCACGGGUACAUGCUGGUUAACGUGAGCAGCCUCUCGGUGCGCGAGCCUGAAGGGGCCACAGACAAGGACCUGACUAUUGGAUUCAGCCUCGACCAUACAAAGAACGACGGAUUUUCUUCUUACCUGGAUGAAGACAUGAACUACUGUAUUUUAAGGAAACAGUUUGUCUCUGUCCCCCUCCUAAUCCUAAACUUCUCCAGAAGUGAAGUGAAAAUAAAAUCUCCACCAGAAGCUGGUACCCAGUUACCGAUGAUCGUCUUCAGGGAGGAUGAGCAGGUCCCCGGCCAGAGCCAGGAGGCUGGCAGCCAGCCUGUUCUGGCAGGCAGCCAGGCUGGGGCAAAGCAAGAGAGUGGGAAGUCUAAAAGAAGUACAGUGGAUUCAAAGGUAAUGGAAGAGAAGUCCUUUCCUGUUCGUAGCAGCGAGGGGGCACUUUCAUUUCGGUUUUCCUUCAACAUCAGCACCAGCGACCAGGAAGGUCUCUACAGCCUUUACUUUCAUAAGUGCCCUGGGCCCAAAAUACAGUCUAAUGACAAGUUUUCAUUCAACCUCGAUAUUCAGAUCACAGAGAAGAAUCCUGACAGCUACCUCUCUGCAGGCGAGAUCCCGCUCCCCAAGUUAUAUAUCUCCAUGGCUGCCGCCUUCUUCCUCUCUGGGACCAUCUGGAUUCACACCCUUCGAAAGCGACGGAACGAAGUAUUUAAAAUUCACUGGCUGAUGGCGGCCCUUCCCUUCACCAAGUCUCUUUCCUUGGUGUUCCACGCAAUCGACUACCACUACAUCUCCUCUCAGGGCUUUCCCAUCGAAGGCUGGGCUGUUGUGUACUACAUCACUCACCUUCUGAAGGGGGCGCUGCUGUUCUUCACCAUCGCGCUCAUCGGCACUGGCUGGGCUUUCAUCAAGCACAUCCUCUCCGACAAGGACAAGAAGAUCUUCAUGAUUGUCAUCCCGCUGCAGGUCCUGGCAAACGUGGCCUACAUCAUCAUAGAGUCCACCGAGGAGGGGGCAACUGAGUACAGCCUGUGGAAGGACUCUCUGUUCCUGGUGGACUUGCUGUGCUGCGGGGCCAUCCUCUUUCCCGUGGUGUGGUCAAUCAGGCAUUUACAAGAAGCCUCAGCAACAGAUGGAAAAGCUGCUAUUAACUUAGCAAAACUGAAACUUUUCAGACAUUAUUACGUCUUGAUCGUAUGUUACAUAUACUUCACCAGGAUCAUUGCAUUUUUCCUCAAAUUCGCUGUGCCCUUCCAGUGGAAGUGGCUCUACCAGCUCCUGGAGGAAAUGGCCACGCUGGUGUUCUUUGUGCUCACCGGGUACAAGUUCCGCCCCGCCUCAGACAACCCCUACCUGCAGCUUUCUCAGGAAGACGACGACCUGGAAAUGGAAUCCGUCGUGACGACCUCGGGCGUGAUGGAGAACAUGAAGAAGGUCAAGAGGGUGACCAACGGCUCGGUGGAGCCCCAGGGCGACUGGGAGUGCGCCGCGUGACGGAGCACCUGAGGCUGGCCCGGCAGAGAACUUAAUUUAUUAACAGUCCUAUUGGUGAGCAAGAGCAGGCGGCACCUCCCGACAGCGGCACCACAGAGCACAUGGCUGGGAACACAGUGCCACGGGGGCCUGAUUUUUUACUCUCAUGAAAACUGGACCUAUGGCUGGUCAUACAUGCUGGGUUCUCCUCCAGGGGGGCACUGCGGAGGGGUACAGCAAGGAGACGAAUAAAAGGAAGG